CUUAUCCACAGAUAAGUGGCUUUACCCUCAAGUUGUAUACGUGUCUACCAAGUUAUUUCACAACCUGAACGCAUUUUAGAUCACACUCACAUGUUGAAUUGAGUUAUAUUUUAAAUCGUGUUACACGCAACAUUUUAAUACCUACAAAAAACAAAAAAAAAAAAACCACAAAAAUACAUACAUACAUAUAUACAAUACAUUUUAAGAAGGCGUGGCAUGUUUUUAUCGCAAUCAAAAAUUCGCAGUGUUUAGAAACCAGAAUCCAGAGUGCUAUCAAUUCAUUUUGUUUUUUGCUACUCCUACUUUGAGUUAGUGUGCUCAAGUGUGGGUGUGCGUGUGCAGUGUGUGUGUGUGUGUGUGUGUGUGUAUGUGUAAGAGAUCGUGCGCGUGUGUGCGUGCUUGUAAGUACUGUGCAAAGCAUUUUCGUCCGUUUGUGCGUAUUUACCAUGACAAAAAAUAAAAUUCAAAAAAAGGCCAGUGGCCCAAAGAAGGCGAUCCCUGUCAAUAGAUUAAAGAAAGUAACAAAUACAGCAACAAUGCCACCUUCCAUUUUGACGCCGCCAGCGACGCCGCCGUCAACAUCAUUUGUAAGCUUAAACAAUAAAACCAUAACAGCCAACAACAACAACCGCAAUAGUAACAAUGCUGAUUUCCAAGCCACGCCGCAACGCAAGCCAUGGGAGCGCGAGUUAAUUGGCUCCUUUCUGCUAAAAAUGGCUGAGAUCCAGGUGGUGAGCGCGCGCAACAGCUGGUACGUGGAUAAACGAACGCUGCGAAGGGAAUUCGAAAAGCAUCUACUACGGGAACCCAAUAGCACAGAACUACGCGCUCAACUCUCCGUAAAUGGGGCUUAUAAUAUCGGUUCACUGCUGCAGCGUACAAACUUCUUGAUGAAUACUCCGCGCGGUGAUUCCAACUACCGCAUCAAGAGCGUAGCUCUAAUGGAGUUUCGAAGGGAGAAGUAUAAUGCCAUCGACGAGAAGCAGCGACAAACUGAUUAUGCUGCUGUCAGCAAUGUGACGGAUGCUACGCAAGAUGGUCCGAUUGCCCAAAAAUACGUGCUGGAUGAGGAGGCCGAGUCAAUUCCAUUGAAAUAUCAAAAAACGCAAAGGCAACAUCGCGAUUUGGACUUUGAGUUAAGUUCGAUGGGUUGCUACAUUUGUCAAUGCAACUUUGAUAGCAUUGAGAAGUAUGAGGAACACAUCGAAUACCAUGGUGAUGAGUCGGACUUUGAGUCGUUGCAGAAAAUGACAAAGUAUAGCCAGCCAAUGUUGAAACUUUCGUAUAGGACCUGCGUUGAUAGUCAUUAUUUUGGUUUUACGCUGGAGACGCAGCUAAAGGAUAUUGUGAUUGAGAAAUUUACCAUUGUGCAGUCGCGUCAGUUUUAUUACGUCUACAACAAUCGAUUGCCAUUGGAGGUGACCGAAAGUGGGCAACUGAUCUUCUUUGUCGACUCGCACGUCUUCACGAUACUGCGUGAACAGCCGAUUGUAAUUGGGUACAGUCAGCUGGUGAAUGGCCAGCGCCAUUAUUAUGUGGAACAGCAUCAUUUUAUGCGUACCGAUGCGUUGCCGAAGGCCAGCUUUGAUGUAAAUCCCUAUCGGCUGUCCAGCAAGAAGUUGUUUCGUGGCGGUCGGCUAGAACCGGCUAUACCACCAAAGCCGGUGGUUACCGCACUGAAACAUGAUGCGGAAGACGCCCAAGUUCGAUUAUCUGAAUACAAUAAGGAUUAUCGCAACUAUUGUGAGUUGGGAGAGUUCACGCAAAGCAAUAUUUAUGGGACACUACGCACCCUGCUCCAAGUUGAGGAUAUUGAGCGGCUGCAAUGCUAUGUUGCCCUUAAGCAAUCCAAAAUGGAGCUGCAUCAGUUCGGCAAAGAGUUGUCCGUUAAAUUGCAGCCAAAUUCCAGGAAUUUAAGUGCCGAGGAUAUCCUCUCGCCUGGCGAUGAUGUCCUUAUCAUCAACGAGCGUUGCACGAUUACUCAGUCAGAGACGACGGGCAAAGCGAACAGCAUCAGACAGCUGUUGGAUAAUAAUGGUCUGAUAUUGGAAUUAGCACUCAAAGAUUUCGAUGCGCUCAUUCAAUGGGGCCAGAAGGUCAACGAACAGUUUGGCGUACCCGAAAAGGAUCGUCGUGAGCCCCGCGUCUAUUUUGCACGCAUCCUGGGCGUGUCGACGCAACGCGUCAAUAUCACCUGCGAUCGUCAUUUGCUAGACAACACCACGUAUACGCUGCUCUUUCGACCCGUGCGAGCUGUUCUCCGAUAUCAAUAUCGGGCUCUACGUCAAUUAAAGCUCAGCAAUCCAGAGCACGUGGACCGUUUGCUGUUCCCACCUUCGAUUAUGCGACAGCCGGUAGCCAGAGGUGCUUUGUGCUUGUAUAAUGAGAAUAUUGGACAUAAUCCGGAGCAACAGCAGGCGGUGCAGCAAAUUACAUUUUGUGACAAGCUACCGGCUCCUUACAUUGUCGUUGGGCCGCCCGGUACUGGAAAAACGGCGACAAUUUGUGAGGCCAUCUACCAGCUUUAUGUGCGCCGACCAGACACCCAUAUCCUGGUCCUGGCCGGCUCCAAUACGGCCUGCGAUGAGAUCGCAUUGCGUCUACUGCGCGCUAUAUCUAAAGUACCAAGUCAAGCGCGUCCUCUGACGCGUAUUUUUGCUGCCAGCUGCGAUAGACGCAUAGAUAAUAUUGAUGACUUGCUCUUGGAAUAUUCGAAUAUGUACGCGCUACACUUUUACCCGGACGUGCAGGCGGUGCACGAGUAUCGUAUUGUGGUGUGCACUCUUAGUCUGGCGGGCAAGCUUUCGACGGGCGGCUUCGGUCGUGACGAAGACAAACGCAGCGUAUUCACACAUGUUUUUGUCGAUGAAGCUGCGGCCUCUACCGAAGCGGAGGUGCUAAUGGGCAUUACCUGUACCGUUGCCCCAACAACCAAUCUUAUUUUAUCUGGCGAUCAUAAGCAGCUGGGCCCGGUACUGCAAUCGCAGCGUGCCAGCGAUUGGGGUCUGGGCGUAUCGCUUUUCGAGCGUCUACUCCAGCGCGAAUGCUACCGUUUGGGCGAGAAUGGUGAUUACAACACCGCCGUACAGACACGUCUGCGGCGUAACUAUCGUUCCCAUCCCGAAAUUGUUAAGCUCUACAGUGAUCUCUACUACAACAGCGAACUGACAUCGGAGGCGGAAAUUGAAAAAGUUUGCAUGGCUAGAAAUUGGUUUCACACGCCCAAUGAUCAUUUCCCUAUAAUGUUUCACUCGGUUUUUGGAACGACGAUGAAUUCGCAAAGCUCGCUGAGCCUGUGCAACAAUAAGGAAAUCGAUGCAGUUAUGGACUAUGUGAAAGAUCUAAUGUACUUUGGUAUCAAUGGCGAUAAAUUGGCCCAAACGGAUAUUGGCAUUAUAUCGCCAUAUAAGAAUCAGUACCAGCGCAUCCAGGAGCAGCUCAACAUGCGCAACUGGCAUCAAAUUGAUUGUGGCUCGGUUGAACUGUUUCAGGGCAAGGAGAAGCAAAUAAUAAUUGUUUCCUUUGUGCGCUCAUUCACCGAAAAAUUAGGAUUUCUUAAUAAUAGUCGACGUUUGAACGUUUUACUAUCACGUCCCAUGUCUUUGCUUAUCCUAAUUGGUAAUCCGCGCACGCUAAGCAAAAAUCAGGAAUUUCGUCAUAUUAUCGACAUGUGCAGGGAUCGAAAAACGCUCGUCGGUUCACCCUAUUAUCCGGAUGAUAAGAUUAACGAGGCGAACGGCGGUGCGGCUCAAGCAGUUAAUCCGACGCGUUCUGGCUGCCAUCAGAUUAACAAUCAUAACAAAAAAAAUAAUAAUCAUAAUUAUCAGCAGCAGCAACAAACGGACGGAAAAACUGAGGACACUUUGGCACAUUCAUUGAAGCGAAGUAAUAACAAUCGUUGUCAUAAUUAUCAAUAUCACCAAAGAAACCAAAGAAAUCGUGAUAGUGAUCAUAAAUGCCUAUAUACAAAUGCAUAUGCAGGAUCUUUAGCAUUUCGAAUGAUCCCAUAAUAGUACAUAUCUAUA